AUGGAUUCACAGUCACAGAAUACGACGUCGCUUGAACGGCUUGAAAAAGUGGAACAGAAAAUUGUAAAGGUUUUGGAUUUAGCCGGAAGCGUGAUGGAGGAACUAGCAAGCCCUAGUGGCCCAAGGAAGGAGACUGUUAAUAAUCACUGCAUUGAGUUCAUGCAGUUGAUCAAGGAUAUCCAGGUGACACUGCGAGAAGAAAUCAAAAGCGCUUGCGAAUAUCGUCCAUUUGAAAAGUGUGAUUAUGUUCCACGAAUAUCUAAUGAGAUCUGUUGCAAGAAACUGGAGUAUGUCAUGGCUCAAGUAGAUGAGAUGAAGCAAACUAUUGAAAACUAUCACGCUGCGGCUGAAACCUCUGACUUGCAACACCUCAAUCCAUGA